GAUCUCCCUCGACUUUGGCCUGCACCCAUCGCCUCGCCGCUCCGUGGACCGUUCCGGCCGGCCGUCUGCAGCAUCGUCCCCCGCCUCUUCGAAGCAUCAACCUUCUGUGCUAUCCCGGCGACUGGUGUCCUGAAGCCCAUCAAAGUACCAAAUUCGUGGCAUUGAAACGGUAUCGGGACCAAGCUCGAUCUGGACUCGCCAUCACCACAGCCUCAGCUCGGCUCCGUAUCCACUCCCCGGCUUCAAAGGCCGCCCUAUCAAAUCUCAACCCCCACCCUAUCUCAAUCUCGACCUCAACACAUCGCCCAUCGUGCCCAUGCCCUCUAUGUCCCUGCCGCUGUACAAGUCCUCGGUCGGCUACAACUCCAAGUAUAGGCCCCAGAGCCUGGUGCGGAUUUGUAUCCGAUAUGUCCAGUCCAUCUACCAGAACCCUGCGACCCGCAAGGUGUUUUGGUUCCUGCUCCUGAAUGUGAGCUUCACCUUUGUCGAGGCCUUUUAUGGCGUCUACACCAACUCGCUGGGGCUCAUUUCCGACGCCGUGCACAUGCUCUUCGACUCCACCGCCAUCAUCCUCUCGCUUGUGGCGAGCGUGAUCGCCAAGUGGGGCGCAGACGACAAGUAUACCUAUGGCUUUGGUCGAGUUGAAACGCUGACGGGCUUUGCCAACGCCCUUGUUCUGCUCUUUGCGAGCAUUUCAAUCAUCUGGGAGGCAGUCGAGCGGCUCAUGGAGCCUGAGAACAUCAAGACCGACCAGCUUCUAUUGGUAUCGAUUCUGGGUCUGCUCGUCAAUCUUGUGGGUAUCUUUUGCUUCGAUCACGGCCACGAUCACAGCCACGACCACGGCCACUCCCAUGGCCAUUCGCACGGACACUCGCACGGCCAUUCUCAUGGGCACAGCCACGACCACGGCGGACACCACGAGUCUGCCAACACUCACAACCCGCUCAUGCACGGCAUGUUUUUGCACAUCCUCUCGGAUACGCUCGGCUCGGUUGGAGUGAUCAUUUCCUGCCUCCUGAUCCAGUACUAUGACUGGAAGUGGUCCGACCCCCUGUGCUCUAUCAUCAUCUCUGUCCUGACGAUCAUCAGCAUCUGGCCGCUGCUCCGACAGUCGACCCUCGUCCUGCUGCAGAGGAUCCCUCUGGAUCUUGACCACAAGCUCGGCGAUGUCUAUCGCAAGAUCACCUCGAUCGAGGGCGUUGUUGGCUUCAGCCAGCCGCACAUCUGGGAAAUGUGCACCAACGGGUUUGUGGGCUCCAUCAAGAUCCAGGCGCACGAGCGAGCCAACUGCCAGCACAUUCGGGUUGCUGUGAUUCAGCUGUUUUACGAGCUGGGCGUGCGGGAUAUGGUUGUCCAGGUGGAGCAGGAUGUCGUGGGCACGUACUCAUAGAGCCCACCGAUUGAACAAGUGCGCAGAGGUAAUAUAUAUGUCGUGGUUGGACAGCGACACUCGAUCGGCGAGUCGUGGUCGCUGCGGCUCAUGAUCCCAUCAUCUGCUAUCCCAUCUUCCAUGGUUUGUGC